GUCUUCUGGAAACUUUGGGAGCGCGGGGGCUCGUUCGGCUCCAAGCACCCCACAGGAGGUGCUAUGCUCGACGGCAGGAACCUCCCUCAGCCCGGAGAGCCUCCAGACAACCCUAAACCCUGGCUGCUCACUUUCUCCUAUCCAUUCCAGCCCCAGUCAUUCGGUUUUCACCAAAUGUGACAAGGCAUCUCUAAAACACCUGUCCACCUCGACGCCCAUCAUGACUGCUCAAGCACAACCCACCGAACCGCCCAGUCCCAAAGCCGUCAAGGAGCCCAAAGUGCACAUCACUUCCAAGGCCAGACAGAAAAAGUUCCUGCGGCACUUUCCCAACGUCGAGGAGGACGAGAAGGUCCUCAAUCACUAUUCCUGCGCCCUUAUUGGCGACAUCCUGCUGCAAGGCCAUCUUUAUAUCACCAAGAACUAUUUCGCGUUCUAUUCGAAUGUUUUUGGAUAUGUUACUAAGCUGUUGAUACCAAUCCUAACAGUAGAAGACAUAACAAAAGAAAAGACGGCGAGGAUAAUUCCGAAUGCUGUUGGAGUGUCUACCAGUGAAGACAAACACGUCUUUGGCAGUCUCAUGUCGAGGGACAGUACCCUGGUUUUCAUGAGGACUGUUUGGGAAAAGGCUAGGACCGCUUCUCCUGUCAUCAUAGAACCCGAUAUCGAGGAGCCCGACAUCAUAGACUCCAGUGAAUCCGGAGAAGCUGAAAGCGGCAGGGAUUCACCGCCAAUCACAAUCACGCCAAAAUUUUCCUUGAUGAAAUCGUUGACAAAAGAUCCAUCGCUGUUAAACACUAAAGAGGUUUUGCAUCGAGACAAAGAUUCCAGAGGCCUGGUGAAGACGAUAAAAGGCACCUUCACGGAAUUUAGAAAAUUGCCCCGGCAGAGCCUCAUUCUGUUCGCCACAACCCUACUUUUAGUCUUACUGUUCUUCUCAGCGGGCGUCCUUCUCUAUCGAAUAGGAAAAAUCCAAAAUAAGUACUCGUUGGCGUUGCAAGGGAAACUGGGAAGCGGCUCUGUAGACAUCUAUAACGAUCUGCUUCAGUGGCACUCUCAAAUGCACUCGAAGUCGGCAGGGGCCGUCAACGACUUCCUGGAUUCCAAUUUGGAUCUCAUCGCUCAGGUGAAAGGAAUUUAUUCAUUUAAUUAUUCCGGGGGAUAACCCAAUUCAGUGUUGACUAUCUCCAUUCGGGCUUGAAGGCCGUCGUAGUUUG